GAUACGUGGCUGUCGAAUCUGUGAAUGCCACCUCGAAAAGUCCGACCAAAAGCUGCGAAACGAAAUAAAAAUUUAUAAAAUUGAGGCUUACUAUGCGAUAGCCCUCCCCAGUGCGGCAAGUGCAAUUCCUCCAGCGCCUUAAAAGCCCCGAGUUCAUAGAAAUGGGUCUGUGCAAGUGCCCCAAGCGGCUGGUGACCAACCAGUUUUGCUUCGAGCACCGCGUCAAUGUUUGCGAACACUGCAUGGUUCAGUCGCAUCCGAAGUGUAUUGUGCAGUCGUAUCUGCAGUGGCUGCGGGACAGCGACUACAUCUCCAACUGCACCCUUUGCGGCACUACAUUGGAGCAGGGCGAUUGUGUGCGCCUCGUUUGCUACCAUGUUUUCCACUGGGACUGUCUGAACGCCCGCCAAGCUGCCCUGCCUGCCAACACAGCCCCGCGCGGUCACCAGUGCCCCGCCUGCAGCGUGGAGAUCUUUCCUAACUCCAACUUGGUUUCCCCAGUGGCCGACGCCUUGAAGAACUUUCUAGCGCAGGUGAACUGGGGCAGGAAUGGCCUCGGAUUGGCAUUGCUCUCUGAGGAUCAAAGCAGCAGCCUGAAGGCCGUCAAGCCGAAGGUGGCCAGUCAAGCGGCCGUCAGCAACAUGACCAAAGUGCACCACAUUCAUUCCGGUGGCGAGCGGGAGCGCACGAAGCCCAAUGGCCACGACGCCAUGAGUCCACAUUCCGUUCUUCUGAUGGACGCAUUUAAUCCGCCUAGCGCCGGCGACUAUGCCAGCAGCCGAAGACCGUUGCUGCCACGUCAGUCGCCCAUUGGCGGAACGGAUCGGGACGAUAACAAGUACCAGCGCCGCACGCCUGCGGAGCUUUUCUCGCGCUGGACACGCCGCUUCUAUGCACCCUCCUCUCGGCCUCCAUGGCGCCGCACCUGGUUCCUGGUCCUCGCCGGUAUCCUAGCGUUUGUCUUGUUUAUCUACCUAAUGGCCUGGCUAGGACGCGGAGGAUCCGACGCCUUGGACGAAGGUUGGAACAACCCGAAUCCACAGCCAAACCACUACGAAUAGGGUGUGCUUUCAUAAUCGAAACGAGCGAGCAUACGUAGCAUAUAAUCAAUAUCCAAAUCCCCGAUCCCGAAAUAAUAAAACUUUUACAGCUAUUUAUAUAACCUAA